CAGGGCUCGGAGGGCGUAGGGACAUGCGGGUCCUGGAGCUGCCAGGGCUCGCGUUCCCGCUGCUGCCGGUGCUGGUGGUGGUGCUGCUGCUGCCCCCCAGGCAGUGUCCCGCCCGCAGCGCCGCGCGCUUCGACCCCACCUGGGAGUCCCUGGACGCCCGACAGCUGCCCGCUUGGUUCGAUCAGGCCAAGUUUGGCAUCUUCAUCCACUGGGGCGUGUUCUCCGUGCCCAGUUUCGGGAGCGAAUGGUUCUGGUGGUACUGGCAAAAGGAAAAGAUACCAAAGUUUGUGGACUUUAUGAAAAAUAAUUACCCUCCUGAUUUCAAAUAUGAAGAUUUUGGACCACUAUUUACAGCCAAGUUUUUUAAUGCGAACCAGUGGGCAGAUAUUUUUCAGGCGUCUGGUGCCAAAUACGUUGUCUUAACUUCCAAACAUCACGAAGGCUUCGCCAUGUGGGGCUCCGCACGCGCGUGGAACUGGAACGCCGUAGACGAGGGGCCGAAGAGGGACGUGGUCAAGGAACUGGAGGUGGCCAUUAGGCGCAGGACCGGCCUGCGCUUCGGACUGUACUACUCCCUCUUUGAGUGGUUCCACCCGCUCUUCCUCGAUGAUGAAUCCAGCUCCUUCCAGAAGCGGCAAUUCCCCGUUUCGAAGACGCUGCCUGAGCUCCGGGAGCUGGUGAACGAGUACCGGCCGGAGGUCCUGUGGGCGGACGGCGACGGAGGGGCGCCCGACCGCUACUGGAACAGCACCGGGUUCUUAGCCUGGCUGUACAACGAGAGCCCAGUGCGGGACACCGUGGUCACCAAUGACCGCUGGGGAGCUGGGAGCAUCUGUAAGCACGGCGGCUACUACACCUGCAGUGAUCGUUACAACCCCGGACAUCUUUUGCCACAUAAGUGGGAAAACUGCAUGACAAUAGACAAGUUUUCCUGGGGCUAUCGGAGGAACGCUGGGAUCUGUGACUAUCUUACAAUUGAAGAAUUGGUGAAGCAACUUGUAGAAACAGUUUCGUGUGGAGGAAAUCUUUUGAUGAAUAUCGGACCCACACAAGAUGGCAUCAUUUCUCCGAUUUUCGAGGAGCGGUUGAGGCAAAUGGGGACGUGGCUGAAAGUCAACGGAGAAGCCAUUUAUGAAACCAGCACUUGGAGAUCUCAGAAUGACACUGUCAGCCCAGAUGUGUGGUACACACACAAACCUAAGGAAAAGUUGGUCUAUGCCGUGUUUCUCCGAUGGCCCACCUCUGGAGAGCUGUUUCUUGGUGAACCCAGAGCUACUCUGGCGUCCACAGAGGUUAGACUUCUGGGACAUGGACAGCCCCUGAAGUGGAGCCCUUUGGAGAAAAACGGCAUCAUGGUGGAGCUGCCCCAUCUGACCGCUCGCCAGAUGCCCUGUCAAUGGGGCUGGGCUCUGGCCCUCACCGAUGUGACCUAAUGUGCCGCGCAGUGGUCCACGCUUGCAGUCACAGCUCAGACUGGGCAAUGUCAGGGUUGUAGAUGACGGCACACAGGGAAAGCGUACAUGAAGUGGGGCGAGAAAAGUCAAGUGGUUAUUGAGGCAGUACGGCCCUUUCCCCUCACACUCCCUAUUUUUUUUUUUCUAAAUUAGCUGUGUAAUGGUUUUAACUCUCCGGCACACUUUGUGUUCCGAACAGGCUCGCCAAGAUGUGCCCCUUUGGCUCAUGUAUUAUUGCGAGCUGAAGGCCAUCAAGAUCCUGAGGGCUCAUGAGGAACUUUUGCCUCUCCCCUAAAGAAUUUAAAUUUGGGACCCUGCCCAUAAUGGGUUAUCACCAGAAAUUACUUUUUUUUUAAAAAGUGUAAUUCUCAGCAUUUUAAUGUUUCCAGAAAACGGACAGAUCUACAAAGUAAACAUGAAGAAUAUUUUAAAAUCUUUGACAGGAUACUUAAUUUUGUUAGAAUUCAUAUAGAAAUUAAUAUUAAAAACACAGGGGGAAGUGCACAAACUUCUGUGGAACGGCAUUGUCCCAGACUUCUUUGCUGAGUUAAUACCCCACUGUGUGCACUUCAUUCUGCGAUCAUAGACCUUACCGCGUUCUCCCUCUUCACUUGGGAGUGUCUGACACAGAAAUGUCAUCGCUGUACAUAUCUUGGAAAGAAACAACUUUUUAUGACCCAUCUGUAGGGCAGGGCCAACUGUGAAUCACGGAACGUCUCAUUUUCUUUUCAUCCUGCAAAGCCCUCCCCGCCUCGAAGCCCCAGGCACCUUGCUGACCUCAGCCCCAGCUCAGAAUGUUGUGUAUGCCUCCUUCUAACUUUGUCUGAAUCUCUCGUGUGUGUGUAGUUCCCAUACAUACACAGUAAUUAAAUUCGGUUUUCUUCUCUC